ACUUUAUAAAUAGCAAAGUUUUAAGUUUUGUACUCGUAAUUCUUCUUAUUUAUUUUCUAAGGAGAGUCAUUUGAUUAUUUUUUUCUCAUGUUUAGGCUUUCAUAAUAUGUUGGGGCCCCAAUAUUUUUUUCUAAAUUUAUGCAAGUUGAACUUGAAUUGAGAUGCCUUGAUCAUUCUUUGAUUGUGAUUCUGUUGGUUGUCAUUAGCUCCAGCCAGGUAUAGAGAGCUGAGGAUUGUUCUCAUGAAUUAGCAUCGUGUGCGAGAAGAAAUGCCUAUUACGCUCUGAGGAUGAAAUUGGCUAUAAUUUUAUAUUUUUCUCUUGCGGAUUUGUUGUUGCCUCAAAAAAAAAAAAAGAUGCCCAAUAAACGAUUUAUCAUUAUUUCUAGGAAAAUGCCCUGCAAAAUAUUUGCAUUUAGCAUUUUCUUUUGGUUAUAGUUCCACAAUUUUAACAUUCUUGAAAAUUCUUUCAUCUCAAACUGCUGCAGGCCUCAAAUUCUGGCACAUGUGAUCUUUUGAAAUCAAUCACAGGUGUAAAUGUUGAGCCAGUGGAAAUGGUUGCAUCCAAACUGUUUGUUCAAUGCUCACGGCAGAAGGAGCUCUUGAAAAUUUAUCGACAUCUUCUUAAUUAUCGUAAAAAUGUAUUCAAUCUCUGCACUUUGUCAAAUUUAGUUGGACUGCAGUAUAAGCAUGUUAGACGCGGAGUUAAGGAGGGAGUUGUUUGUGGUCUCUUUAGGUCUGGGAAAGUAAAUUUCCACCCAAGUGAUGAAGAAGAAAUCAGAGAGACUGAUAAAAUUUUGCUCAUAGCACCUGUUUAUGUGAAACAAAAACCACAAAUUUUGCUCCCUCAAACGACUUCUGUGGAGUCUGCUGCUUCUGGAGAUGGGAAGGUUGCAGAGGAUGGAAGCUCAUCUAUGUUACUAGACUUGAGGAAAGCACGCUUUGACAGGAUUGUAAAGCGACCUUCAAAAUCAACGUCCAAGGCAAGUGAUUGGAAUCAUGGACCCAAAGAAUGCAUCCUUAUGGUUGGAUGGAGACCAAAUGCUUAUGACAUGAUCAAGGAAUACGAUAGUUAUCUUGGGCCUGGUAGUAUAGUGGAAAUCCUCUCCGAGGCUACCAUCAGUGAAAGGAGCAGAACAGUAGAUACUACGGUACCUAGUCAAUUGAAAAAUAUUAAAGUUCAUCAUAGGGUUGGGAGUCCCAUGAACUAUGAAACAUUGAAGGAAGCUAUUUUGAGCAUCAGGAAUGCAUUCAAGGAUUCAAAAGAUAUUCCAUUAUCAGUUGUGGUAAUAUCUGAUAGAGCAUGGUUAGCCAGAGAUCCAUCCGAAGCUGACAAGCAUUCAGCAUAUACCCUUCUCCUUGCUGAAAGUAUUUGCAAUAAGUAUGGCAUUAAGGUUGAUAACCUGGUGGCAGAGAUUGUUGAGACGAGACUGGGAAAACAAAUUUCAAGAAUACGGCCAUCACUAUGUUUCAUAGGGGCUGAGGAGGUGAUGAGUCUGGUAACUGCUCAAGUGGCUGAGUGUCGUGAACUAAAUGAGGUCUGGAAAAACAUUCUAAACGCUGAAGGGGACGAGAUAUACCAAAAGGAAAUUGGUUUCUACAUGAAGAAUGGCGAGACCCCAUCAUUUAUGGAGCUUUCUGAGAGAGCCAUUUUACGUCGUGAAGUUCCAAUUGGUUAUGUCAAAGGAAAUAAGCUGGUCAUAAAUCCAAGCAACAAGUCAGAGCCACUCUCCUUUGAUGUGACCGAUUCACUCAUCGUAAUCUCUGAGCUUGAAGGCCAGCAGCCAAUAGUUUCCUAAGAUGUAAGUUUUGAUUACUUUUUAAGAGCUAAAUUUCAAGACACCAUUGUUAUCUCCAUACAGGCUUGCGUGUUUCAUAGAAAGUGUAAAUACAAGCAAUAAAAUAUUGCAAUUCGUACUGCCUUAUCUGUAAGUACAACUAUUGCUAACUUUCAGAUCAUGUGAGGAUAAUUCUUUCAUAAUUUGUUAUAUUGGGACAGCUAAAUUCCCUCA